AUAAAUCAGACGCCAAAAUAAAAAUCAAUGGCUGUAUGUAGAUUCAUGAUUCAUCCUCACACGCACCGUUACACAAAUGAGAUUUGUGUGGAAAUAAUUUUCCAACAAUUAAUUAAUUUUCUGAUUUGAUGGUAGCAUGGCGGCAUCGAGCUCUUAUUUUUCGUAUAAUCAUCGUAACUGCCUCUGCCAAUUCCUCAUGAAUCGGGCAGUUGGAACGCUCUCCUUUUGCCGUCAGCUCAGCAGCUGUGGCAGAGCUUCCGGCCUCGGCCUGACCAAGUGGAAGAAGCAGCGAUGGAUGGAGCCGGAACGACGCCGUUCGGUGCUGCUUGUCAGUGCUCACUUCUCCAGCUCUUUGUCAGUUGACAUUGGCUUGGAUUCUCAGAGUAACUAUGCCUAUGAUUCAUCACAUUUGCCGUGGGCUGGACCUCUCCCGGGGGAUAUUGCGGAAGUCGAGGCUUACUGUAGGAUCUUUAGAGCCGCGGAACGGUUUCACAAUGCUUUGAUGGAUGCAUUGUGCAAUCCAGUGACUGGAGAAUGUAGUGUUUCAUACGACGUGCCAUCGGAGGAUAAGCCGUUACUGGAAGAGAAGAUAGUGUCGGUUCUUGGUUGCAUGGUUUGUCUACUAAAUAAGGGAAGGGAAGACGUCCUUGUGGGACGAUCAUCCAUCAUGAAUUCAUUUCGGGACUUGGACAAAAGUGCGAUGGAUGAUAAGCUCCCACCCCUUGCAAAUUUUCGCUAUGAGAUGAAAAGUUAUUGCGAAAGUUUGCAUGUUGCCUUAGAGAAUUACUUGAUGCCUGGUGAUGAUAGAAGCUUGAAUGUUUGGAGAAAAUUGCAGAGAUUGAAAAAUGUCAGCUAUGAUUCUGGAUUUCCACGAGGAGAUAAUCAACCUUGCCAGACAUUGAUAGCAAAUUGGAGUCCUGUUACCACCAAAGAGGAAGCACAGGCAGAUGACACGGCUGUUGCGUUUUGGAAGGGUGGUCAGGUCACAGAAGAGAGUUUAAAGUGGCUUAUGGAGAAAGGAUUCAGAACCAUUAUAGACCUCAGAGAAGAAACAGUGAAGGACAAUUUUUAUGAGUCUGUACUGUAUGAAGCUAUUUUGUCUGGGAAGAUUGAACUGAUCAAAAUUCCAGUCGAAGUAGGGAAUGCACCUUCGGUAGAGCAGGUUGAGCAGUUUGCUGCUAUAGUGUCGGAUUCAAGCAAAAAGCCGAUAUAUGUACACAGUAAGGAAGGAAAGAAGAGGACCUCUUCUCUGAUUUCUAGGUGGAGGCGGUACAUCAACCAAAUUAAGUCUACAAACAGGAGAGUCGUUACCAGUGAUAAUGGAGCGGAAGAUAUUCAAGAAAUUGAGGGUUCUGAUAUCUCAAUGAAACUUAAAGGAGGUAUACCUUCUCAUACUGUUAAUGGAUCUGUCCCACAGAAAUCAGAUAAGUCUCAUGCUUCUGCAGUUCCAUUCAAUGAUUUUGAAACACCAUCCGCACAAACACAAUCGCAAAGCACCAUGGGACUGAAUUAUUCUUUAACAACUGAUAAUCCUGCUGGGAUCUCUGUUAGUGGUUUAGAAUCAACUGGAAACUUAUAUAAAGAUGUGAAACCAAUGGAGUCUCAAAUACCUCCUCUUGAUAUCUUCUCUAGAAAAGAAAUGUCCAACUUUUUGCGAAAUAAAAAGAUUUCACCAGGAACGUACUUCAGUCAUGAACAGCGAAGAUUGGAGAUGCAGUCUGCUUUACAGUACAAGUACAAUGGGACUCCCUUGAAGAAAGAAUCUUACUCUAGUUCAACCCUCAAUCAAGUAGAGACUAUGAACGAAUCAGCUGGGAGCAUAAUAUUAACAUCAGGUCCUCAAAGUACAACCAUCAGUAACGGAUCGUAUCAAAAGCCCAGCAUUCUUUCAAGAACUAUAACUUUCCCUGAUAAAGGCAAUAGUGGUGCAAAGGGCAAGGAAAAUGGUUCAGUAAUGACAAGCAAUGACCUCAGUAAGAAUCCCAUGCCUGUGAUGGUUACUGUCCAGAAUGGAAGUGAUGUUGAAAGCUACCUUUCUUCAGAUGAUGAAAACCUGGAUAUGAUUGAACAAAAUAUGUGUGCUUCAGCAACGGGUGUUGUACGAGUGCAGUCAAGAAAGAAAGCAGAGAUGUUCUUAGUUAGAACAGAUGGAUUUUCUUGCAGUAGAGAAAAGGUAACUGAGUCUUCCUUGGCUUUCUCUCAUCCUAGCACUCAGCAACAGAUGCUUUUGUGGAAGUCUGCCCCAAAGACUGUAUUGUUAUUAAAGAAGCUGGGCCUAGAACUCAUUGAAGAAGCUAAAGAGGUUGCUUCUUUCUUAUAUCACCAAGAGAAGAUGAAUGUUCUUGUCGAACCUGAGGUUCAUGAUGUAUUUGCUAGGAUUCCCGGAUUUGGGUUUGUCCAGACAUUCUACAGUCAAGAUACAAGUGAUCUCCAUGAGAGGGUUGAUCUUGUUGCUUGUUUGGGAGGAGACGGGGUCAUACUACAUGCAUCAAAUUUGUUCAGAGGGGCUGUUCCGCCUGUUGUCUCGUUUAAUCUUGGAUCCUUAGGAUUUCUGACUUCUCACACUUUUGAUGAUUAUAAGGCUGAUCUAAGGCAAGUGAUUCAUGGGAACAACACUACUGAUGGAGUCUACAUAACUCUUAGAAUGCGUCUCCGCUGUGAAAUAUUUCGAAAUGGUAGAGCUGUGCCUGGCAAGAUAUUUGAUGUCCUCAAUGAAAUUGUAGUUGAUCGUGGGUCUAAUCCAUAUCUUUCAAAAAUCGAGUGUUAUGAACAUGAUCGCCUCAUAACCAAGGUGCAAGGUGAUGGAGUCAUAGUUGCAACUCCUACUGGAAGUACAGCUUAUUCCACAGCUGCUGGAGGUUCUAUGGUUCAUCCGAAUGUUCCAUGCAUGCUCUUUACUCCAAUUUGUCCACAUUCUCUCUCAUUCAGACCAGUCAUACUUCCAGAUUCUGCUCGACUGGAAUUGAAGAUUCCUGAAGAUGCACGAAGCAAUGCUUGGGUAUCGUUUGAUGGGAAGAGAAGGCAACAGCUCUCUAGAGGUUAUUCUGUCCGGAUAUCCAUGAGCCAACACCCACUCCCAACUGUGAAUAAGUGUGACCAAACAGGUGAUUGGUUCCGGAGCUUGAUCCGUUGCUUGAACUGGAAUGAAAGAUUAGACCAGAAAGCCCUUUGAGUACCGGGCCAAUACAGCUUCAACUCGCCCGUGUAGAUAUUACUGUACAGCAUAUGUAGCAAAAAUUGAACUCAGAAAUGUCAUUGUACGUAUCUGGCUGUAUAUGAUACGGAGUGAAAGGCGGAGACUGAAUGCACUCGCUAGUAUGGUGGAUGCAUAAGAAACAUAUCGCCCAAAACCAUGAUAAUAUGGUUGAAUAAAUAAGAUUGCCACAAAUUAUAUUGA